UUAAGAGAAGAAUUUGGGAAUAGAAGCAUUUCAGACAGAGUGCGGUGAAUGAACUUGAAUCCAAUGACUAUAGCAGGCGGUUCUAAAGAGGGGCCAUCAGCAUCCCUUUGUACAUCCCGUACGCCUUGACAAACAGAUGGGUGUUUGGAAGAGGUCUCUGUAAAUUCUGGCUGGUUAUCGACUAUCUCAGUUGUUCUGCAUCAGUGUUCAACGUCGUCCUUAUCAGCUACGACCGCUACCAGUGUGUCUCUAAUGCUGUGUUGUACCGGAACCAGCAAGGAGCGACCGCCAGAGCUGUGAUCCAGAUGGCUGCUACGUGGAUCCUAGCGUUUGUCGUGCACGGCCCAGCCAUUGUGUUCUGGGACUACGUCACAGGGGUCAGCGCGGUUGAGGAUGGGACCUGCGUGGCCGAAUUCUACUCCAACUGGCAUUUCCUCAUGUGUGUUUCCGUCUUGGACUUUGCAGUCCCAGCCCUCUCUGUGGCUUACUUCAACACGCAGAUCUACCGGAGCAUCCGCAAGAGAAGCCAAAGGAGCCAGGCCGAAGACGCCGGCCCUCUCCCUGCCUCCUCCCCAGCCAACCUCAGGGUGCCAGUGAGGCUGGCUCGUUUUUUGAGGUCAAGCCUGCUAGUGUGGAGACAGAGGACGCUGGACUCUGACAGGCGAGAGGAUGGUCUUUGUCGUUCCCCGGAAACCCAUUCCCGUCCUUUUGGAGCCCGUUCUCUGGCCCCUUCCCAGUGUGACACCAGAUCCCGAUAUAAACUGCUCCGGGACAGGAAGAUGGCCCGGUCCCUGGCCAUAAUUUUGGUGACUUUUGCCAUCUGCUGGGCUCCCUAUUCCCUGCUGACCAUCAUCCGUGCAGCCUGUGAGAAGCACAAGGGAGACCCUUUCUACAAUUUUGCGUUUUGGCUUCUGUGGGUCAAUUCCUCUAUUAAUCCCUUCCUGUAUCCCCUUUGUCACAAGAGGUUUCGGAAAGCUUUCCUCAAAGUCCUAUGCUAACAGAAGGAUUACUGACCCCCUCAACCCCUUCUGAAAGAUAGUGAAUUUGGGAAUCUGGAUCCCACUCCUGUGACCCCUUGUGUAUAUCAAUUGGUGAACGGAAUUGAUGGCUCACUUUGUGCAGAACACCGUAUUAAGUGCUUGGGAGAGUACGAUGUCAUUGUUAAACAUAAUCCCUGCCAGGAAGCAGUUUACAGUCUCCCUGGGAGGAAUGUGUGCAUUCUAGCUUACAUCUUAUUAAUAAUGACAAUAACAAUGA